UCCUUUUCUUUUCUUUUCAUUUUGUGGCGGAAAAAGAUGAAUUACGCUUGCAAUUAUAUCUGUGGUGAUCCCGAGACCUGCCCAAACCCACGAAACGCGCUUGGAAAAGCACGAAAAUGGGAGUGGUACUCUCAUUUAGCUCAACAUCCUCUGGUUUCCCCAGUCCAUCGAGCCGAUCUCUCUGGAUUAACAAAUACUCUUCUGCAAACUGCAACGCAUGAUCGACAGAUUGACGACAGUCGCCUGUACGCCCACCGUCUCGGUUUGGAAAACCCAGAUAAAUUAGUGCGUAUUGAGGUGUAUAAAAACAUGGUUCAUGUCCAUCACGUCUUCUCAGUGCUAGAGUUUGCAGCUGUGGCUAGGAGGAAUAUUGCCCGAUUCAUUGACCGAUCAAGACACUACCGUGAUUUUGAAGAAGGAAAUGAAGAGAGUAAAGGUAACAGAGCGCAAGAAACAGAAACCGGGGGUAGCAAUGACAAUAGCAAUAGUAUCAAUGACAGCAAGAAUGCUCAGCGUGCUAUUGCGCUUCAAAAGGUGGAGCGCAAAUACGUGAGCUUAGGUAUGGUCAAUCAUAAAUCAACAGUUGACGGUGUUGAGUGGGUUGCAUUAGAUUAUCCUAACAAGGAGGUGGCCAAGGACGAAGGAUGGCCUAUGAGUGUCUUGACCAAGAGCUGGCCACCGAACGACACGCAUGAGGAGUGAAUAAAAACCUUAAAAACCUCCCCUUUACAGACCGGUCUGUGAUAAAUGGAACUGGGUUAUGGCCAGCGCCGCCUGGACUUUAGGAGAACAAAAUACAUAUAUAGUUGCCAAAUAAAAUUCUUAU